AACGCGCUUGUGGCUCAAUGCACUCGCUGCCAACGCGCUCUAGAUCUCAUGCUCACGAACUUCAUUUGAACAAAGUCAUCUACAGGAUAUCUUACGGAAGCAAUACGUACAGAGCUCCUUGUCUGCUACUCCCCAAGGGUCUACGUACGCAGUGCUUCUAUUUGCACUAGUCGUGUAGAUGCCGCCACGAUCUUUGUCCGCGUUGUUGAAAGAGCCUUUUGGGCCAUUCAGGGAUUCAGAUAUCCUUGAUUCUAAUCUGAAGAGUACCAGAAGGAAGGUCCUUUCGUUACGAAGCAUGGUCCUCUCCACGAAGAAAGAUAUCGUAGGGUUAGAUACUACCGAACCUUUUCAACCAGAGUCCGCGCAAUACAAGAAAGUUGAAGUUUCUGGUGUCCUUGAGAUCUUGGAUCUUGGAUGGUUAUCCGAAUCAGGUCGACGUCGUGUGGUGCAGAAAGUUCGUGAACGCGAUGGAUCAAAUUCUACUUUGACUCUCGAAGCCAUCUACGGUACCAGAACUAGUAGACGGAAUGGCAGACCAGGGCUUACUGUUAAGGUCACUAUCAAGGCAGUCAAGAACAUGACUGCCGGAUAUCUUACCACCAGUGAUCUUCCCAAUGGUUUAUUUAUCAAGACUGUCGACCGCGAUCGAUGGUACAGCAUUAUAUCCAUGGACGACCAGACAUUCCAGAAGUCACACAAAUUCUUGGGCCGUUAUCGUGCGCUUCGAGUUCUCAACGACAUCAUUAAAUACGAUGAAGAAAACUCAUCAGAGCCUACACCACAGAGCGACCGCACACCACUUUGGUUCGCCAAACUUUAUACCAGACGAAUGCGGGAAAUCAACACACAAAAUGACUUCGCCAUACAUCUCUCAUCCGACUCAUCCGACUACGAAUCAUCGAGUGGUUCGCCGGCUGACAUUGACCAAAGAGAUCGCCAUAUCAAACCCUACCGCGUCCGCGCCUUGCGACAUGAAUUGCCAAGGGACAUCCUUCCCUUGCUGCGCAGACACGCAUCUUGGUUGAUCCAAGAUCAAGAGGACCGAGUGCACAAGCGAAAGCGAAAGUUCGAUCCCGCCGUUUGGCGACGCUGGCUGAAUCGUGGUGAAGAUGCGGAUAUGCUUGUAGCCGACGAAGACGAAGAAGCUACGGAUGUCACUACUAAUCGCAAAGGCAAACGGAAAGCAACCGAGGUUGACUCUGAACCUAUUGGGGGUUCUUCUCGUCGUGUACGCCCAGACGAUUCGCAUCCAAAGACCCCAACUCCACCUCCAGAAGAAGUAAUUCCAGACGAAGAAGAUGCUCGAUCUUACGAUAGCGAUUUCUCACCAGAAUCCACACCUGACUGGAACCCGUCCUCAGAAGCUUCAUACCCUUCUCGCCCAGCCACACCAGACUCCCCAACUCUAAUUCAAAAAGUUAGAGAUAUCGGGACCAUCCUUUAUCACGAUCCAGAUCCUCCAGACUCAUCAAUGAAAUGGUGGUGCCCCGUGAAGACAUGCAACUACAUGAUCAACCUGCUCGACUUAACAGAAGAAAACACCAGACCUCUUGACCAGGAAACUAUUGAUAGACUGAAAGCGCGUCGUUGGUAUCUGCGAAUGGGUUGGGUGAUGGAUGCUUGGAAAAUUAUGGCGAGAGCUCACUACGAUGAUCAUUUACAUCGUGUAGGUGUUAGAAUGACCUGGGAUAAGUUCAAGCGGGUUCGGUUGAGUUACGUAUCAAAUGUGCAACAGCCUCUAGACGACGGGCAGCAUGGAGAAGCAGAGCCUCGUGUGAAAGAGGAAUCGCUCGAGCACUAAAUACUGACAUGCAAACUUCAUACCGUUCUAUCAACUUGCAUUUCAUCUUGGAUACCAAUACCAUUCUUGAUCAGAAAGGAGCUCAAACUGAUCGUCACAUUGCUAAUAGUAUCAGCACUCACUAGGAAACGUAUACAGCGAAAGACGUCAUAAGACAAUUGCAACUGCGAGGCUCUAUCAUACAAAAUAAAUCAAAAUGGGUAAUAUACAUGAUUGCAAGCAAAGCCGGAUUAUCUUGAAGUGUCCAGAUUCUAUCCUAUCUUAUUGCUACAGCGACGAUGCUCCUCAUCCCAUUCAAACCUAAUCCAUCUCCACAAUGUCAAUAUCAUCAUCCACCAUCUCAAUGUCCUCCAUACCCUCUGGUGUUGUCCCCUGAUGAUUCGAUACAAU